AUGCACAACUUCGCUUCAUGCUACUACCUGAGCGCCGAGAACUACGAGCACGACACUUUCCUGCACGCCCUCAUGGACGAUGACUGGUCCGUUGCCAUCGCCGAGCUCAUCAAGUUCCCUCGGCUGCGGCUGCUGCGCCUCACCGUCGACGAUGUCAUCAAGUACCUCAGCUCCUGCCUCCACCUCCAGAUCCUUCCUAAUGAGAGGGUCCGUAGUCGAUAUUACCAGUUCUUCAAGGAAAGCCCGAGAAAAGCUCACCGUGUCGUGUCUGGGUCUACGGACGAGCGCAGCUCUCUCGCCAGUUGCCUCACAUUGCUCAACCGCGUUAAGAAAACUGAGUCUAUAGUGGACACAUUGAAUCUCCUCUUAUGCAACGGCCUCGAGUUUGAUAAGAACGUCGUAUUUGAUGCCAUCACCAAAGGUGGGGAUUCUAUUGUUCGGUGCAUUGAUGGCGAACUGAAAGAAGUCUUCAAAAACGCAGUUGUUUUCGUGAUGAAGAGCUCCAGCUGUCCUUCCUGGGAGUAUUCGCUUCUCAUGGGGUCUCCUACCGCAAACCAAGUCAUGCUUAAUCUAUGUCGAAACUUUGCCCUCAUGAACAAGGUAGAAAAAGUUCCUGUAGAAAUUGUGAACUUGGACGAAGUUCUGAAAGCCAUAUUGAAGAAAUACCCAACACAUGCGGAACUGCACUAUGCUGCUCUGCUUGCCUCGGGCACCUUGAACUUCUGCACGGUGGCCGUGAGCGAGUAUUACUGGCAGCUCUGCAACGGCUACUUGGAUGUGCUGCGAGCGCUGCUAUGCGAGACUGGGGACGUUGAGAUUCAAGCAGUCCUCGCUGAAUGUAGGAGUAUCUUCAACCUAUAUUGUACGAACGCUAUGAGUGGACAAGUCGCUGCUAGUGCCGUAGUCACUCCUGACGAUGGAGUGUCUGUUGUCGCUCCAACAGCUGCUUUGCCUAUUCCUAACUGCGUUGUAGUGAGCAACGAUGUCCCCAUCAACAAUGAAAUGGUAGCUAUAAACGGGAUGCCUGCGAACCUCGACAUGAUGGCCCCGAACCCCGACAUGAUGGCCCCGAACCCCGACAUAAUGACCGCGAACCCCAACAUGAUGGCCCUCAACCCCAUGGUCAACAUCAACGGUAUGCUCGUCAGUCUUCCCCCAGUUUACAACAAGAGCGUGUCUCUGAAUAACGGCAACGGUAUGCUCGUCCGCUUUCCCCCGGUUGACAACAACAGCGUGUCUCUGAAUAACGGCAACGGUAUGCUCGUCAGCCUUCCCCCGGUUGACAACAACCUGUCUCUUAUACACANUACGCUCCACGGCCCUAUAUUGAUGCCUGCUGGAAAGCAGGUGCCAGCGACUCUCGACGCGCAACAAGCAGCCAGCGUUCGUUCAGACGAGUCGCUCGCCCUCAUUAGAGAAGGUGAUGAAAACGCUACUCCAGAGUCGGCCGAUGCCACAGCUGAGGUACCCAAGCCUCCCGCCUCUGCCGCCAAGAAGCAGGCCAGCGACGCGCGUGAGGAGCUAGACUUUGAUUUCGAGGACGAGUGCGACAUGAACGCGCGCCAGCACAGCUUCUCUGAGUGGUGA